AUGGCUCGCACUUCCGCACUUUCCAAGGCCCUGCUCGCGGUGGGCGCGGUGUCAGUGCUGCAGCUUUUCCGUCACGAGGAGGCCUUCGUGCCUUCGAAGAUCCAGGGCCAGGCUGCUGCCUCCAUGGCCGCCGCGCUGAUGGCCGCCAGCGUCGCCGCCGGCCCCGCACAGGCGGAGUCCCCGAAGCUGUCCUUCUUCGGCUUGGGCGGCGGCGUCUCGGAUGUCUACAACCAGAACGACAACCCCGUCAACCCCUACUCGCAGUUCAGCGAGGUGGGCUCCGACUCUGUCUACAAGGCCCGCACUGAUCAGGAGGUGGCCAGGAGGAAGAAGGCCCUUACUGCGGCCUUUGAGCGAUUCGACAAGACCGCAUUCUACAUCAAGACGAAGCAGUCCCAGCAGUUGACCUCCAACCUUCAGGAGGCCGCCGGCUUCAAGCAGGACGGCAGCCUGCUCGCACGCAUGCAUGCUGGAUGCAUGUCUGUUUGUCUGUCUGUCUGUCUCUCUGUCUGUCCUUCUCUGUCUCUGUUUGUCUCUGUCUGGCUCUUGCAUAUCUCUCCGCCCGUCUCUCUGUGUGUCUCUCUGUCUGUCCCUCUCGCUGUCUCUGUCUCUGUGUCUCUCUGUCCGUGUCUGUCUGUGUGCCUGUCGGUCUGUCUGUGUAAAUGUAUAUCUGUCAGUAUGCAUAUAUACAUGUACGAUGUAUGGUCUGGUCUGGUUUGUUGUGGUGCGGCAUGGUGUGGUAUGGGAUGGUAUGGUCCGGGAAAAUGUGUGUGUGUGUGUGUUUGUGUUUGUGUGUGUGUGCGUGUGUCUGUAUGUAUGCAUGUAUGUAUGUAUGUACGUAUGUAA